CAUUGUGGGACACAAACAAAGUGCCCCCCAAACAGGCUGGAGUGAAACGAGCGGCUACGGCGGCGCCGGCUCGCACGCGCGCUGCGGCGGCUCCCUCCCAGCUUCCCCUCCUCUCCCCUCAGUCCCUUUCCCCUUCCCCACCCCGCCCCGCCGGGCCAGCGCGAGCCAUCGCCCGCCCUCGGCCAACCGCCCCCAACGGCCGCCUGUGCGCAGCGGGCUGGGCCCCUCGCUCCUCCCCUCAGGCCCUCGGCCGCCGGGCGCUCUCCUCCUCGCGCCUCGCACUCUCGCACCUCGCGGCCACGCGGGUGAGCGGCGCCGCCAUGCGCGCCCAGUCCCAGGUUGCACCCUGGCCUAGGCGCGGCGGCCCGAGAUAGGGUCCCUGGAGCCUCCCGGGGGAGGAGAGGAGCCAGCCGCGCGCUCCGCCCCCUCCCCCCGGGUUGCCGCCACCGCCACCGCCACCACCACCUUGCCGCCCAGCCUGGCGGGGAAGAGGAGGAGCAGUUGCAGGCCUCCGGGCCCCCCGCACCGCCGCCCGCAGGAUAAUUCUGAUUCGUUGCAUCCUUGAAGAGCAUCAAUAGAAGAGGGGGAAAAAAGAUGGGUGUGAAAACAUUUACUCACAGCUCCUCUUCCCAUAGCCAGGAAAUGCUGGGAAAACUAAAUAUGCUACGAAAUGAUGGACAUUUCUGUGAUAUCACUAUCCGUGUCCAGGACAAAAUCUUCCGGGCUCACAAGGUGGUACUAGCAGCUUGCAGUGAUUUCUUUCGAACCAAACUUGUGGGCCAAACAGAGGAUGAGAACAAAAAUGUAUUGGAUCUGCAUCAUGUUACAGUGACUGGCUUUAUACCUCUUUUAGAAUAUGCUUACACAGCCACUCUAUCAAUUAACACAGAAAAUAUCAUUGAUGUUCUAGCGGCAGCUAGCUAUAUGCAAAUGUUUAGUGUUGCUAGUACAUGCUCAGAGUUCAUGAAAUCAAGUAUUUUGUGGAAUACACCUAAUAGCCAACCAGAAAAGGGUCUAGAUGCUGGACAAGAAAAUAGUUCCAACUGUAAUUUUACUUCUCGAGAUGGAAGCAUUUCUCCAGUGUCUUCAGAGUGCAGUGCUGUAGAAAGGACCAUUCCUGUCUGCCGAGAGUCCCGGAGAAAACGCAAAAGCUACAUUGUUAUGUCUCCUGAGAGUCCUGUAAAAUGUAGCACACAAACAAGUUCCCCCCAAGUAUUGAAUUCUUCAGCUUCCUAUGCAGAAAAUAAAAAUCAGCCAGUUGACUCUUCUUUAGCUUUUCCAUGGACUUUCCCUUUUGGAAUAGAUCGAAGGAUUCAGCCUGAGAAAGCAAAGCAGGCAGAAAAUACCCGGACUUUAGAAUUGCCUGGCCCAUCCGAGGCAGGUAGAAGAGUGGCCGACUAUGUGACUUGUGAGAGCACAAAAACUACCUUGCCACUAGGUACAGAAGAAGAUGUCCGGGUCAAAGUAGAAAGAUUAAGUGAUGAGGAGGUCCAUGAGGAAGUGUCCCAGCCUGUUAGUGCAUCGCAGAGCUCCCUGAGUGACCAGCAGACGGUGCCCGGAAGCGAACCAGUUCAAGAGGACCUUUUGAUUAGUCCACAGUCUUCCUCUAUAGGCUCAGUAGAUGAAGGAGUCACUGAAGGAAUGCCUACACUUCAGAGCACUUCUAGCACCAAUGCUCAUGCAGAUGAUGAUGACAGAUUGGAAAAUGUUCAGUAUCCCUAUCAACUCUACAUUGCUCCUUCUACCAGCAGUACAGAACGACCAAGUCCAAACGGUCCAGACAGACCGUUUCAGUGUCCAACAUGUGGGGUCCGCUUCACCCGUAUUCAGAAUCUAAAACAGCACAUGCUUAUCCACUCAGGAAUUAAACCAUUUCAGUGUGACUGCUGUGGAAAAAAGUUUACCAGGGCUUACUCGCUAAAGAUGCAUCGCCUAAAGCAUGAAGGUAAACGCUGUUUCCGGUGCCAGAUAUGUAGUGCCACUUUCACUUCCUUCGGGGAGUAUAAACACCAUAUGAGGGUUUCCCGGCACAUUAUCCGCAAGCCUCGGAUUUACGAGUGCAAAACAUGUGGCGCCAUGUUCACCAACUCUGGAAAUUUAAUCGUGCACCUGAGGAGUCUGAACCAUGAAGCAUCAGAGCUAGCAAACUACUUCCAGAGCAGUGAUUUCUUAGUACCGGACUACUUAAACCAGGAGCAAGAAGAAACCCUUGUUCAGUAUGAUCUUGGAGAACAUCCUUUUGAAAGCAACUCUUCUGUUCAAAUGCCUGUGAUUUCACAGGUCUCCUCAACCCAGAAUUGUGAAAGCACUUUUCCCCUGGGGUCUCUUGAGCUUGCAGAAAAGGAGGAGGAACUGCAAGAGCAGCCCAAGACCAGUGCUCAUGCCGAGGCUCCCAGAGAUGACCCCCCAACAGAGCUGCCAUCUAUAACUAUUGAGUAAUUCUGUGAUUGGCCUGGGUUUUGGUUUUUUUGGAAAGUGCCUGUGCUUGGUCUCAUAUGUUUAAAUUUAAUUUAAUUUUUUAAAGAAGGGUUCCCUUUGUAAGCCCUGAAACUGGAGGGUUCUUUGUUUUGUUUUGUUUUGUUUUUUCAUAGCUGAGAGAUUGCUUCUGUAUGUAUGUAUACAGUAAGGUAACAUUGACAGAACAUAAACUUUGAGACUUAAGGAAAAGCAGCUGACUUAAAACAUGGCAGUUCUUCCUCCCGUUGUUAAAGGUGGGCAGCAGCAGAGACAAGAAAUCAGGUUGUCGUUGCCCUUCCUGAGACAAGAGGGCUAGUGAGCAGUUACUAAACAGUUUGACAAUGCCUAAGUAAAUGUUUACUCCUAAAUGCGGGGUGUUAUAAACCCUGUAACUUUGGAAGUAUUUACAGUAAUUUUUUUUCAGAUGAAAGUAAAUAACUUCUGAAAUCUGGUAUAUUACUUUUUAAGCCAUUUUGAAUUUUCAUGGUGAAAAAUUAAUAUCGGGCAGGCAUUUCUUGUACCUUUAUAGUACCACUCCAUAGGCUAGGAGGUGUGAUUGAGAAGAGUCAGGCUGUACACGGAAUGGCAGGGUGCAGAAUGAGGUAGGUAUACCCAGCUCUGCAGCAACUCUCUUCUGACCGUUUGUUUCUCCUACUGGCCACUGAAUGCUGACACCUGGCUGACUAGGACAUGCACAGAGAAGUGCCCUCAUGUCCCACUUUCACUUGCAUAUAUUGUGCUGCCAUAUAAAAGAAGAAUAUUGAAGAUAUUCUAUAUUUUAUAUAUAGGUUUAUGUAUUGUUGAGGAUGUCGAUGCUGUGCUGUUUUGGACAAAAUAAAAGAAUUCUGUUUUGAGGCUACAUUCUUAACCCAAUUCAGAUUGUUUACAAGAUCACAUAUGACAAUGAUAUAAUGUCCUUAUUCCAAAAUAUUUUGAGGUAUUGCCAAGUUUGUUAAAAGCGGCUAUUAUAGUUUUCAUGGGAUGGAAGCAAUAAUGUAAAAGAUGAGAGGUUGUAAAAUGAUCAUCUGGGACUCAGAAAUUGGAGGAGAGAUUGUUAAGACUAGGAUCUAAAAACUUUGCUACUCAGAUGAUAACAUUUAUAUGAUAUUCUAGAUUGGGAUAUACUUUUUUAUCUGCUGCCAUUAAAGCCUCUUUGAUCUGAAAUAUUCAUGAAUCCAUGAAUAAUGAACAUUUGUGUAAUUUUUUUAUACAGAAAAUUGCCCCAGUGCUUAGCAUUAUAAUAGCCCCUGAUGGGUUAAAAGAUAAAAACAGCUUAAGUUCUUUUGUUUGUGACAGGAUCACAGUUAGUCCACGCAGGUCCAGAGCCCCUCAUCCUCUUGCCUCAGUUCUGCCACAGCCUUUACUAACAUUCUGUGUUAUAGACAUGUCACUACACCGGCUCAGACUCCAUGGUCUCAGUCACACACAUGAUCUGACUUUUAUCCCAGUGCCAGACCUUCCUUCCUUUUUAUAUUAUAGUAAUUUGUUUCUUUAAAAUUUAUUAAUUUUGCAAUUUAAUUUCUAUUUCUGGCCUUUUUUCUUCUUAAUACUGAGAAUUGAACCCAGGACUUUAUAUAUUAUGAGCACGUGCUCUAUCACUGAUAGAACCCCACCCCUUAGUUCCAGUUUUUUUUACCUGACUCAUGAGCUUAUUUGCUCCCAAGCAUAAGUAUGUGACUUUCGGAAAAAAUAAACUAGAAAAGUCAGUAAUUUUUAUUUUAUUAUCAUUCAUAUAUGAUCUUUGAAAACUGUGCCUACUAAUAAAUAAAUCCUAAAACUCAUUAGAAUCCUAUUUUAAUAUGGUAAAUAUUUUUGGUUCUAAAUUGGGUUGCUUUGUCUUGUUUUUAUUUUGUUAAGCUAUAAAAAGGGAAAAGGAAGAAAGAAAUAAGAGUAAAUCGGAAAUUAAUUGAUUUGAGGAAUUCUUUUGAGAAUUUUUUUGGUUGAAAGUUUUCCAGUUCACCCAUCCUAAGAGAUCUGAGUUAGGACAGCCCUGGUAGCCUCCCUGGGAGGGACAUGCCUCACUAUGGAUUUUCACUACUAGUGAUAAAUCGUGUAGCCAACCUUAAUGAGAGAUUUGAAUAUACUAUGAAUACACAAAUAGUUAGCUGCCUGCUGCCCAAAUUUUUUUGAUAAAAGUUACCUGACCAGUGUUUAAUAUAAAAUGAUACGAAGGCCUUUUUCUGUUCUAAUAAAACUACAUUUUUGAGGACAUUUCUUUUAUGGGUCUGUUAUAGGAAAUAUAACUGCAAGAGAUAAUUGUAUAUGUAGUAAUAUUUAAAGCUUAUUUAAAGUUGAUUUAAGAGAGGAAUGUCUGGAUGUAUACUUUUCACCAGAACAUAUAGAAAACAUUUUGAAGAGAUGAGAGCCAGUUAUGAUCCCCUCCUAGAAACCACCAGGGUAACUAAACAGAGAAGCAUUCUUGUUUAGAAUAUUUAAAGGUAGCUAUCUUUUGUAAGGCCUACAAGGGUAGCUUUGUGAUAUUUAAAGGGCUUAAAUUUUAGAAUGCUAGAUAAAUUACUUUUUAAAAAACUAAGCAUUUUAUAUAACAAAAGCUUUGUUUUCAGUUUUUUCCAACUACCAAAUAGAUAGGAUGUGCUUUAGAAGUGUUCACCGUGUUGUUAGGAGUUGUAGCUCCUCUUAUCAGCCUUCGCAUUUCCAGACUCUAGCCUUCAGAGCAUUAUGUCAGGAAGUCACCAAGUCAGAAACGGGAGAUUUGACAGUAACCUUUACUUGUGCAUUUGAAUUUUCCAAGAAAUGGAUGUAGAUAAAUGUUAUUAUCCACAAAUAUGUGAGCUUCUCUUAAUUGGCCAUUUUAAACAAUCCUAAUUUUUAUUUUGAGUUUAAUUUCAAGUUUAACCACAGUUAAUUAUAUUACUAGGUUUUAUUUUCAGGUAUUGAGGUGUGGUGUUUGGUUUUUUAAGUUCACAGUUGUGUUAAGACAAAAUAUACUAAAAUGCUUAAGUGGCUUCAUUUCAGUCUUAGGCUUGAACAUUUUAAGUCCCGAUAAAUAGGGUCCAUGUUAGGAUACAUAUUCCCUUUGUUAUUAAAAACAAACAAACAAUGAAUACUUGUGUUUUGUUAGAACGUUUUACUAAAUACGGUGAAGUGGUCAGGGCCUCUGAUUCGCCGAGUCAUUGGUAACCCAGUUACCUUCUAACUGCUGAGCCAGGCUCUCCUGUUUUAAAACUGAUGCCCGUUUAAAACUGAUCUUCCUUUGGAAGCUACAUUAAGUCUUUCACUCCCCCCCCCUUUUUUUUAAGACUCCUAUUUUAUUCUCUUAGUCUAAUUAAUAGAAGCCACUUACGCAGAGUGUGUCCAUUUUCAGAUUAUGCUUUAGUCUGUUAGUUUUGAAUUUCCUAUAAGGUGCAUGACCAUACAGUGUUAAUACAGAUGGUGAUUCUCUACUAGGACCAUAGAGAAUGAUUUCUUAUGAUGGCAAAUGAACAGUCCUCAAUUUUAACUGAAGAGAUUUUGAUUUGUAGAUCUAAUAAACAGACAGGCAGAUUGGAAACUUCCCAUUGUACUGCAUCACUCAUCUACCCAAAGGGUCUUCAAACUCUGAAGUAUAUAUCUGUGUGAAGGCAUGAUUUUUGAGUUCUUAACUAGGGGUGGGGGAAGGAACUAGGAAAACUCACAUAUGGAACAAACAGCCCAAAGGUAGGGGAGGAAGAUUGGAUUUCACUGUAAGUGUUGACAUCAGAUGUCUUUUUAUAUUUUGAUAGUUACUAAGAGAACGUGUAGAAACCAGAAGGCAAUGGAACAAAAGUGAGGGAAUGGAGAGAUGUUUUUGUUAUAAACACAGCUAUGAGAAAUAUUUAUAACUAACAUGUUUUAAAUAAGAUCAUCAUAAUUAAAAUUUAUUUCACUUAUACUAGUAUUUAUCCCUCUUACUUUUGACAGAAUGUGGUGACAUGGGAUAAUUUUUAUGUGAAAAAUCUUCAGCAAAACAAACCUACAAAAUAGCAAUGGUUCAGAUAAACAGUGAAGUGGAAUCAGCCAGUCCUCAGGCCGGUUAAGAAGUGGGCUACAGAUGUUUCACUCUAGAUUAUACAUAAAUUGAGAUCUUUGCUGCAGCCUAGAAACAAGAACUGUGCUAAACAGUACCAACUACUACCAGAAAUUAGACUUUUUUUUUUAAAUUAUUGUAUACUGAAGUGAUGAGUGAGACGCUUUCCCCGUAUCAUAUUUUAUUUUUGUAAUAGAAAUGAUAGUUCAUGCUUUGGAAGUAGUCACUCUAGGCUCCAGACAGUGCUGCUGGAACCUUCUUUGGCAGUGUCUGAACAGCGAUGCUGCUUCAACAGCUUCUUCAGCUUUAGUAAUGCUCCACUGAGUGAGACCCAGGCCGGUUCCAGCAACCAGGCUUCCUGUGGACAUAACAGUUUACAAAAACUUAAGAGUUCACACCAUGAUUGAAAAACAUUAAAAUUAAUGGUUUUUAUUAAUUAAAAAUGAAAGAAAAUUAAGUUUUUUAAGUGCCUAAUUUAUAAAAUUAAAUUCUUUAUUUCUAAGUUAUUAAGCUUUGCUAAGCCUAAAAGCUCUGGGCUCAGUUGUGAUGAUUUACUAGUAAGAUCACCAAUAACCAUUGGAGGAGCUAUAGUGUCAUGACUUUUACUGAAUUCCUUGUUUUCUCAAAUGCCAGUCUGACUAUACCUAGAGGUUGAAAAGUCGUCCUGUGAACGAGUGUUCAUUACCAACUCGCAUAGCCUGCAGAGGCGUGAGCCUCUAUCCGCACCAGGAGAGGUGGUAGUGUUGGGGAAGCACUGUCUGCAGCUCUGUUUUCCAGAGAGACCCUUUUCUGUAAUUAGUGUGUGAGUGCUCUUGGGUUUGGGUUUGUACGUUAGGUAGCAGUUCCCUGGGUGGCAGCUGAUAUGGAAGGUCUUUGAUACUGAGAAUGCAUUGCAGUUUUGAAGGUUGUGCUGCUUUUCUGCCCCCUAGAGUGAGUGGCAUUGGGUAUUUAGAAGUAAGGUCAUAAACUUAUUAUUUUGUUUAUACAAAAUGAUGGCUUCUGAUGCUUAUAUAUGAAGGUAUUGCUUAAAAAAACAACAGUCCUCUGAUAAGGUAAAAUCUGGUUUUGACUCAAAUUCCAAUGAUGUAUUUAGUUUAUUGAUACUGGGUCUCCUGUUGCAUCAGCUGGAGAUUGCCUGCCUCUUUGUUAAGGCACCCUUGUGGCACCUUACGUUCAACUUGAAGGAUGGUAUGUGGCCUCUUUGUGCCUCUACUGUCUUUUCAAAAGCCAUUUUAUAAAAAAUCUUAGGUAUUUUAAUAUUUAAAUAUAUAUAUUUGUGAAAGAUACUUUUAGAACAAACUUUUUUUUUUAACUUUAAAAUUCCUGUAUUCCCAUUUUUAAGAGUAAACUAAAGAUUUUCCAGGCUUAGGAGUAUCUUUUUUCAGAGCCGUGAUAAGAAAGUCAGAUUGAGGUAAUAAAUCAGAGAGUUUGGUGAUAGGGAAAGAGAUGUCUGGUGAGAGGAAACAGAUGUAAAGGUGAAAAUAAUUACUUUGAUGUAACAAAUUAACUUUUUAAAUAAAGUUGUGGUUUGCUCCUGUGAU